ACCUUGGUAUGCCUUAUAAUAUUGAGUCCCAUUUUUCUUUAGAAUAAAUACCGAAUUCAAAUAGUAGUUGAAGCUGAUGUACCUCAAAAUCUAAUGUCAGUAGCUCAAAUUAAUGUUCUUAUCAUAAACGAAUAUUGUAGAGUCUAUUACAGUUUUGUUUUUGUGUUGUUCUGUUGUGGUUGGUUGUUUUCGUGAAUAUAUAGAGGAUAAACUAAUUUGAGCAAUGAUUCCAAUUAAAUUUCAAAUGUGCGGAGAAUCCAAAAAAGAACAGUAAUUUUCGAUUAAGUAAUCGUUAUAUGACUUGUUGAAAUGAUAAAAUGUCACGAGCAAACCUAAAAAAUAGGAUUUAUCAUGCAGCUAAGGAUGAUAUGUCCAUAGCAUUGUAUUCUCUUCUUAGCAGUAAAGAAGCCGAGAAUUUAGUUAAUGAGAAAUUAACAACUGAUGACCAUCAAAAAGUAACACCCUUGAUGGUGGCAGCCCUAAAUGGUUCGAAGAAUGUUAUACGCAUGCUUUUGGAAAAUUUCAAUUUGGAUCUUGAGGUAGAAGGCACAGUAAAGUUUGAAGGAUACGUUAUAGAAGGAGCUAGUCCAUUAUGGUGUGCUUCAUGUGCAGGUCACUUGGAAGCAGUGAAAAUUUUAGUUUCUGCAGGUGCUGAUGUUAAUCAUCCAACCAAAACAAAAUCAACACCACUCAGAGCUGCGUGUUUUGAUGGACGUUUGGAUAUCGUUAAAUAUUUGGUAAUGCAUAAGGCAGACUUUAAUAUAGCAAAUAAAUACAACAAUACUUGUCUAAUGAUUGCUGCAUAUAAGGGACAUGUAGAUGUGGUAAAAUUCCUAUUAGAGCAAGGUUCUGAUCCGAAUGAGAAAGCUUUGUGUGGUGCUACAGCCCUUCAUUUUGCUGCUGAAUGUGGUUUUGUGGAAGUUGUGAAGGAACUUUUGAAAUAUGGAGCCACAUUUUCUGCUAAUGAUGCUUGUAUGACACCUUUGAAAGCAGCUGCUGAAAGAACAAGGGAAGGAGUGGUGAAAUAUUUAAUAAACCAGCCUUUCAUAAGUUUAGAGGAAAGAGUAGAAGCUUUAGAGUUGUUGGGAGCUUCAAUUGCAAAUGAUAAAGAAAGUUAUAAUAUUCAGAAGGCAUAUAUGUACAUGCAUAUGUCGAUGAGAUUAAGAUACUCAGACCCUUUGAAACCAAUCAAGAAAAAACUCAUAACGCCAAUACCUGCCUAUGAUAAUUGGGUUGAGUGUCAGACUAUAAAUGAAUUGGAAGCAAUAGGAAGUAAUACAAAUGCUCUGCAUAUGGAAGCACUAACAAUACGUGAAAGAAUUUUAGGAGUCAAUAGUCCAGAACUUCCUCACCCUGUGAUAUUUCGGGGGGCUGUGUUUGCUGAUGACGCCCGUUUCGAUAGAUGUCUAGACCUGUGGAUGCAUGCCCUCUAUUUGAAGCAAAAAAAUUAUAUCUCUGUACCAAAAGACCUUUUGAGAUUUGCCCAAGUCUUUUCGCAAAUGUUGCAUGUAGGAGUUAGAGUGAAUCAUAAUAUUGUUGUUAGAAUUCUUUCUUCCGCUAUCACAGAAUUGGAAAGGAACAAAGAAAAGAUGAUACAUCCUGGACCAAAAGAUGAUCCUGAUUCUGUUUUAGAAGAUAUUGAUAGCAAUUUGACUACAACUCUUUACCUCUUGAACAUACUCACGAAACUAAUGAAACAGUGUUCAGAGGAAGAAAUAUUCAAUAUAAAGAGAAUGGUAUUUACAUUGAAUCAACUGAAUAUGAUAAAUAAAGACGGUCAAACACUUUUGCAUUUAGCGUGUAAUUCAGAGACUCCUGUGGAUGAUUUCCAUACCAUCAACAUAUGCCAGUUUCCUUGUGCUGAAACAACCAACCUUUUAAUCAACUGUGGUGCUGAUGUUAACACUAUGGACUUACACAGGAAUACUCCCUUGCAUAUUAUUGUUAAUUAUCCUAGGCCAAUUUCAGAUUUUCAUACAUUGAAUUCUAUUAUUACCUAUCUAACUUUGGCUGGUGCCCACAUGGAUUGUGUGAACGAACUAGGAGAGACUCCAUUGGAAUCUGCUGCCACAGGUAGUGUUGCAGAAAUUAUACUUCAGGGGCAAAUAAAAUUGAGUCUGAAAUGUUUAGCAGCUAAUGCUGUGAAAAGACACAAACUCAAAUAUAAAGGUGUUGUGCCAAAAUUACUUGAAUCUUUUGUUGAUCUCCAUGGACCUGUAAAUUGAGGCAAAAAUUAAUCUGUGUUAUCGUACCUUUAUUGACAUUGAAGCUUUAGAAUGACUGUGUUAUUAAGAAUCAAAUUACUUCAAAUAAGGUAUUUUUCGUUGAAUUUUAUAACUCUUCAAAAUUGAAGAAUAAUUAUUUGUCGAAGUCAAAAAUAUAUUUGUGAUUUAUUUUAAUUUAAAAAUAUCGAAUCAACAGCAAUCUUACCAUAUUAUUUAUUAUUAUGUAUGCAAUGCCUUCCAUAGUAGUUUGAAAAUCAUCAUUAAAAGAUAGGAAGAAGUGCUGGAUUUACAUUUAACUACCAGUUUCAUUAUCCAUAUCUCAAAGAUUUGUUGGAAAUCUGUUGACAAACGUACUGAUUUAAUCAAAUCAAAAUAGAAGAUGAGUUGUCCUUGGUAAUUUAUUUUGGUAGCAUUUGUUCCACAGUGAUGGUUGUGAAAAAGGCCACUUGAAGCUGCGUUUCUUGAAGACCUUGAGGCGCACAUCAUACAAAGCAACAAAUGCAAAAAAAAUUGUGGGAAAUGUUUUGGAUGUGUUUAUUUAAUGUACAGUGGAGCGAAUGUUUUCUGUGUUUUGACAUCAGUGUUCUCACACUGAAAAAUCUAUUUUCUGUUUAAAUUUUAUUAAUUCUGUAAGUAUAUCAUAUGACUGUUAUCUAUAAUAUAAAAAUAAAAUGUUUUUUUAAUGA